AUGUGUGCAGAAUGUCGUGCAAAAAAUUGUGUGUAUUGUAACAAAUGUAAUAGUAAGCAUUGGUCAAAGAAUUUCGAUAAAUGGAGAAGCGGUGACUCUACAAUUGAUGAAAUAAUUAGGGAAACCCAACUUAAUGCUGAUAGAAAUUUUAAAAUCAUUGAAUGGAUAGAAUAUUCAAAUUUAGAAAACAUCGAAUAUAUUGCUAGAGGUGGAUAUGGAGAUGUCUAUAGAGCAGUUUGGAAAGAUGGCCCAAUUAAAAUUUAUGAACCAUGGGAUACUAAUAAAUCGGAAUGGCGACGAAAUAAUAACAAAGUUGUAGCGGUAAAAACAUUAAAUAAAUCAAAAGAUGAAAAUAUGAUAAAUGAACUUUACAAUGAGAUUAAAUGUAAUCUAGAACAUAAUUCUUUAUUUGUAUGCAGAGUUUAUGGCGUUACAAGAGAUCCAAAAACACAAGAAUAUGCGAUAAUUUCGCAAUUUCAAGAAUAUGGAAAUAUAAGAAAUUUAAUUCGUAAACAUUAUGAUAUUUUAACCUGGAGAAAAUGUAUUAAUGUUCUCAGAACCAUUAGUAAUGAUAGAAAGCAUGAUUUUGAACUUGCUGUUGAAAUAUGUGAUUAUAGAGAUAACAAAUCACUACGUCCAACAAUUCCAGAAUAUGUACCUGAACUAUAUAAAAAAAUAAUGAAGGAAUGCUGGAAACAUAAUCCGGAAGAUCGUCCAACUGCAAAGCAAUUGUCUGAAGAAUUUUAUGAUAUUUAUAGAAUCUUAAAUGGUGAAUACCCAAAACAUAAUAAAGAAUUAUCAAAAUCAAAUAUUGAAAAGGAGUUUAACAAAUCGAGAGAAAAAAUGUGGAAAGAAAGAUUAGCUGGAUUAGCAAAAAAUCAGCCGUUAUCGAAAGAAACACUGCAAUUAUAUACCUCCAAACAUCAUGGAUUUUCCAAGCUCCUUUCGCAAAAAUUGCAACAAGAAUUGCAUCACAAAUUUCUAAAAGAUAAUAAUACACGUGAUAGCAGACAGGACAAACUUAAUCUGGAUAUUCUAGAACUAGAUGACCUUAAAUAA